AUCCUUUAACCAAAAAUGUCAUAAAUACACAUGAGAACAGAAAUCAAACAUUCAAAAUUGAGCUCUCUCUCUCUAGUGUCAUAUUUUUAUUGUAAGUCCCAAGUACUCGAAUCUUUUCGGGCAGCUGGAGCAUAAACCAUGGACGGAUGCCAUAACGAUAUCCUGGCGCCAAUCAUCCUGGCCGUAAUGGUUACCAACGGUCAUCCCCUCACUUUGGACGAGAUCGUCGAUAAUGUCACGGAGGUGAUUAACUCCCAAUUCGAUUACGCAGAUCGUGUACCGGAAGCUGUUGGCGAUGGCAAGCACUGCCGUAAGGGAUCCUCUCGUCGCAGAAGAAAAUAGGUUAUCCGGCUCCCGUUCUGAGUUAUGGGUUCCGGUUUUAUAAGAAUUAUAAGCAUAAUUCAAGAUGUUUAAAUAUCAUCCAGGAUUUAUACAAUUGAACAUUAUACGUUUAUUUUAAUCUAUAUAAAAAUGAAAUUUUAUUAUCAAA